AUGGAGAGAAAGAAGGCUAAGCGACCAGUUCAAUUUCAACAAGUAAGAGAAACGGGACAAGGAUAUAACACAUGAAUUUUGACAAAAUUAAAUAUAGUAAAAUACUCUCCAAUCAGCGAGACUCUGAGAAGAUGAUUUAUCUCCGCUCAAAAAUUAAAAAUCGAAUCCUAAAAAGUAAUGUAUAUUAGGGACAUCGAAAUAGAUCUGAUGGAUGAAAGGAGGAGAUGAUGGACGAGACUAUGGCCUGUUCUUGGGGCAGCCGUCUUCCCCUUCUUGUGAUCAUCAUUUCUCUUUUAUUAUUGCUUCCGGCCAAAGGCGGGGCCUCGGGGGUGAUAAUAUUGGGACAAGAAGGGAUGGAUAUCAAGUAUAAUUGAUCCGGACAAUCAAUAGUUGCUUUAUAAAUUCUCGGCAAGGUGUUGGGGGAUAUGAAGGAUGGGGGUUUGGGAUAAGAGAUUUUGAUGAUUACAUAAUAUUUCGUUUUUAGAGUUAUGACAUGACACAGUAAGACGAUUGAUGAAUUUCAAAUAAAAUAUUUCAGUCAAAGAUUGGGACCAAACGUUUGGCCGAACGCCUGGAUCUGGGCGCGGCCCUCAGGGCCGAGGCUGAUAUGGCCAAGCUAGAGAGGAGCCCUAUGGCCAUCAGAUGUUGUUACCUCUUCAUUGCGGUCGGCGUGUUCGUCUUUUCCAUUUUGGUUACAGUCGCUUUCUUUGCUUUUAGUGGACAGUGUCCUGGGGUAUGACCUACUGUAACUUUUAUGGAAUUAUCAAGCCAAUUUUUAUAUUGAUCCAUUCCCAUUUAGGGAAAGAUCCCAUCCCUCUACACAUACCAUCAAGCCUUUGAUAAAUUCACCGAAAAGUUGGAACAGAGGACGCGACCGAGGAAUUUGUCGGCCGAAGAAGAAUCGGAACGGUUGGUGAGGCGAUUAAACGAAUGGCCAAGGAAACGAUGGAUGGCCAGAUUCAAUCCAGAUGCCGUCGGGUAAUUAUAGAAACUAAGAGACAUCCCUUAGAGCUGUAGGCAAUGAAAUGAGACUUGUAAAACGGGCAAUUUACAUGCAUCAGAUAAUCAAUUUAUAUUAAGGAUUUGAUGGGCUCUCAAAAAGAGUAAUUGCUUUUCAACUUUUAGAAUGGCCGAACAAAAGAGGCUGUCUGAUCGGAUGACUGAAGGGAAUAACAUCACAACUGACUUGUACAUGGUCAUGACUGACAUGUUGAACACGGUCCGACUGAAUGGAGUGGGUCUUUUGAGAUUAUCUGAGCAAAAAAAAUAUUACAUAAUAAUGCGUAAUUAUUGCAAAUCUACAGAUCUUCCAUCAAAAAUACAGUAAACAUCUGGGUCGGUUAGCCAGAGUGAUCGCUGAUGGAUUGCCAGUCGAAUUUGAUGCCCGAAAUAAAUGGCCGGAGUGUCAGAUUGGACGGAUUUAUGAUCAAGGAGGAUGCGGAUCUUGUUGGGUAAUUGAUAACGAGUACUGUAAGGCAUCUUAAUCUGCAUUGCAGGCAGUGUCAGCCUCUUCAGUAAUGUCUGAUCGCAUUUGCAUUCGGACGAGCGGAAAGCGAAUACGACUAUCGGCUCAGAAAUUAAUCGAGUGCUGCAGUUACUGUGGAGGGUAAGCGAUCAAGAUGGCAGACUUGUCUUUUAUUCCCAACCAAGCUCUCAAACUCCAAUUUUAAAGACCAUUAAGACAUAGAUUUUAGUUGCAAUGGAAGUGUAGAGCCUCUGAUGCCCUUCUAUUACUGGUAUGAAUCGGGAAUGGUAACCGAAGAGUGUUAUCCUUAUUCGGUGUCUCGAGAUUGUGGAUAUCCCUGUAAAUUGGAGACUUAUUUCAAACCUCGAGGUGUCCACCAAUGCUCCACGACAUGUCAAAAUGGUCGAACGGAACGUCGAAGACAUGCCGAAUAUGUGUAUCGGAUAGGGACUGUAAACGGUACUAAUCGGUCCAUCAUGAAUUCCCUCUCGGCCACGUACGAACAUCUGGCCGCAAAAAAUGGAUGGCCUCGACAAGUCGAUGAUUUAAUGCUGGCCAAGGCCGAUCUCAUCGAAUUUGGCCCGUUUACCGUGUGUUUCCAUGUCUACGAGGGGUUCUUGCAUUAUUAUGAAGGGGUUUAUAAGAGAGUGUCAGAAUUGGAGAAGCUUCACGUAUACGAUCACUGUGUGAAGACUAUUGGUUGGGGGAAGGAGAACGGGACCGAAUACUUCAUUGCUGUAAAUAGUUGGUCAGACAAGUGGGGAAAGGACGGUCAGUUUACCACGCACAAAAUAAAUUUAUUCCAGAAAGUUGUUGUAUGGAGUUUGCUUUUGAUUUAUUUUGACUUAUUUUUAAUUUUAACGCUUAUCAAUAGCAUGACAUCUAUUUAAAUUAACCUAAAUUUUCUGUAAUUCCUUGUUAUCUCGACACGCCAAGAAAACGUUGAGAUUUCUGAUAAGAUGGUCAUUGACUUUCUUAUCGGACAAAUUAUGUUUUAUGACAUAAACAACCCUAUCUGGAUUGUAAUAACCUUUAUUGUAAACACUUUUCAAGCCGCAAAACUUUUAUAUAAACCAUGCAAAUUAAAGCAUAACUUCUUUUCAGGUACCUUCAAGAUUGAUCUGUCAAUGUUGAUGGAAAGCCGAGGCGACAUGUAUUCGGCGAUGGCAGACUUAAACUACUGA